UUUUUCUCUCAUCACGUGCCUGGCCCGAGCCAGUCGGCUGCUCCGUAACUCGAUCACUGUGACUGGCCUCCCCGAGCCACCGAGGAGCCGCGAGGGUGGGGAGCCGCGCAGUGACAGCAGCCGCCUAGGUAGGGGCCGGGUAGAAGGGGAGGCGAGCGUGGGCUGUGGACCGGGACCUCGGAGGAGCUGGGACACCGGCCCCUGCAGAGAUGCUGUCUCCCUGACCGGAGAUGUCCCAUAUCAGAUGUCCCAGUAUUCCUGCCUGACAGCUUUUUCUCUGAGCUGACCGCAUCCCUCCUGCGUACUGUCAUCCCAGUGAGAUGAUGAAGGGAGAAGCUGGAAGAAUGCAACACAGUGACAAGCCAAAACAGGAGGGACACAUCUGGGGCUCCAUGAGGAGGACAGCUUUCAUCUUGGGCUCUGGCCUUCUCUUGCUCGUGGCCUUCUGGAACUCAGUCACAUGGCAUCUUCAGAGAUUCUGGGGCGCUUCUGGCUAUUUUUGGCAAGCCCAGUGGGAGAGGCUGCUGUCGACAUUCGAAGGGAAGGAGUGGGCCCUCUACAUUAUAGGUGCCACCCAAGUACCCGUUCUGCUCUUCUGGGCCUUCAACGGGCUUCUGCUGGUGGUUGACACAACUGGAAAACCUAACUUCAUCUCCCGCUACCGAAUUCAGGUGGACGCCGAGAAACUACGCCAGUCUGUCCGCACAGUUCUCUUCAACCAGUGCGUGAUCUCUCUGCCCAUGCUGGUCUUCCUCUAUCCCGUCCUCAAGCUGUGGGGAGACCCCUGCCGCCGAGAGCUACCCACCUUCCACUGGUUCCUCCUGGAGCUGGCUAUCUUCACUCUGAUUGAGGAAGUCCUGUUCUACUACUCGCACCGGCUCCUUCACCACCCAGCAUUUUACAAGAAAAUCCACAAGAAACACCAUGAGUGGACAGCUCCCAUUGGCGUGAUCUCUCUCUAUGCCCACCCUAUCGAGCAUGUGGUCUCCAACAUGCUGCCGGUGAUGGUGGGUCCCAUAAUAAUGGGCUCCCACUUGUCCUCCAUCACCGUGUGGUUCUCCUUGGCCCUCAUCACCACCACCAUUUCCCACUGUGGCUACCACCUACCUUUCCUGCCUUCACCUGAAUUCCAUGACUACCAUCAUCUCAAGUUCAACCAGUGCUAUGGGGUGCUGGGGGUGCUGGACCACCUCCAUGGGACCGACACAGUGUUCAAGCAGACCAAGGCCUACGAGAGACACAUCCUCCUGCUGGGCUUCACCCCACUGUCUGAGAGCAUCCCAGAUGCCCUGAAGAAGAUGGAGUGAGACAGGGCCCCAGGGCCAUCCUGGCUGUCCCCCUCACUGGACUGCUCCGGUGGCCUGAGUCAUUCUGACUGCACCAAACUUGCUCCCCCAGCCAUUCACUAAUGACAGCACCACUGGGGCAGGGGGUUAGAUCAUCUUCCCAGAAAAGUAGGCCAAGGAUGGGGCCAGGGCUCCCCCAGCUGCCCCUAUUGUCCCUCAGAAGGAACAAGAAGGAGUUGGCUUAAGGAAGGGGGUAAAACAGCUCCCAGAAUGGAGGCCCGUGAGAAGAAACCACUUUUAAGAGCGGUCCUGGUGAGUCCCCCUGGUCGUUUUGCUGCAGAAGGGGAAAGAUGACCCCAGAUGACCUUUUUAUGACCUAGACAAGACACAGAGAAUGCAAAAGUGGUGGUGAGAUAGGAAGCUACUGCCAGCUCUGGGAAGUCUCCUCCGGGUGCCAGGGGGUGAGGGAACCAGAAGGUAUUACUUUGCCCCUUCCUGUUGCUAAAAGCUUUUCUCAUAUCCUACUCUGGCCAGGGCUAGGACACCCUCAUUUCCAAAACACACACACAUACACAGUCAGCUAACACAGGCCCCAUUUCACCUCUACCCCAUUGCAAACAUCAUCCCUCUAUGAAAAGAAAAAAGCCUAUCACAGAGCGCCCCUCCCUGGAUGAAAACUGGGAUAUCAAAGAGAUGCACGCCAACCCCCACCUUCAGCCAGAUGUGGAAACACAGAAACCACAGGCCAAACCCUGCUGACCUGCUAAGCUGGAGGUCCUUUUAUCCACAGAAGGGAGGGUCAGAGUUCCUGACCUUUGGGGACACCCAACUGAGGGGGCUAGAACCCUCUCAGAAAAGGCAAGAAAAACAUGGCUGACCAAAGGGCAAAACCCUUUUCCUUCCCCCAGAUGAUUGACCAGUUGUCUCAACACCAUUUAUUUCCAAUGAAACUUUGUCAGGAACCUUAUUAUCUGAAACAAAACCGAAGACCUGCGUGGGCUGCAGCAGCCCCCAGCCUGGCCUUCCCUCAGCAGCCAGACAUUGUCAGGAACCCUGCAGCUCCCAAGGACAAUCUGAAGACCACCAUUCUCAGUUACUAAAUUCUUGUUAUUUGGACUUUCAGCUGUCAAGAAAACCAUCCGUUGUUUUAUUAACCACCUUAAUUAAUACUGGAUAGGGCCAAGUCUCCAAGCAAAUCUAAGACUCCUUCCUUCCUAUCAGCGCUACAACUCCAGACCUGCCCAGUACACCAACUGGGCACUUACCAGUGUCCUCCUUGGCCUUCAAAACCCCACCCACCCCAUCCCCUAGUCUGGCCUUGGUGGGCCUGGCCCCAUCCCCAGAACACCCAUGCCCUGAGUUUAAGUCUAGCUUCUGGUGCACCCAUGGUCUGAACUGCCGCAGAUGCUAGCCUGCACGCACAACCUAUUCUUACAAGUAAACACUUAGGAAACAGCCCAUCUUCAGUAUACUUAAUAGGGUAGGGAAUGAGGAAUGUGGAGGAGAAGAAUGGAUGCCUUUUUUCCCGUGAGGGCUUUAGACUUUGAGGUAUUGUAGAGGGUCAAGAGGCUGACAGUCUCUCAUACCUUUUGGCAGCCAGGUGGCUGGGCUCUGACAGAGGGGCCUGAGCCCGUGCUCUUCUUCACCAAAUAGAAUGGCCCUGAGGUUGGGUGAACAAGUGAGGCUUACGAAAAGGGAGACGUCACUAAAUUCCCAACAGACCUUGUGAGGGUGAAAGUGGAAGGCAUGGAAAAUAAACUGAUCUCUUAAUUCCAGUAGGGGCUUCCAUGUUUUCUCUGACUAGUCCGGACACUCCUAACCACAUGACAUCUGGGAGCCACAGCCGUGCAAUAACCAUCAGUGGCCACUCUGAGCAUCCUUACCAGGCUGUGGAAGUAGGGUAUCUGCCUGUCCCCAGAUCCACCUACAGAAGCCCCGGUUGCCACCUUCUCGACUCUUCUUCAGGCCACGGAGGCAAACAGUGGUCCUAAAGCACCUGCCCACGGAAAUAAUGGUGGAAUUCUUUGGAAAACCACUUCUGCUGGGAUGCUCCAGUGCUAGGCAUGAGAGAGUGGUCAGAUUAAUGAGUAGGGAAGGCCAUGCCUCACUUCCAGUUUUUUAAUGCUACAUCUAGGCCAGACUGGCAUUCCAAACGUUUCUUCUGCCAGUGCCCGGCCUCACGGGUCAGGGAAAAGCCACCGACAGCCCAGGAGCCGGUCAUGGGUGGAGUGGGGUAUAGUCAUCAUUCCAGCUUCAACCUUCAGGGCUCACUGGCUGGCCUGGAUUUCCCUAAGGCCAGAGCACUGACCGAUUAAUCCUCUACAACCUAGCAGGGGAAGUCUUCAGUGAGGGGUGGUGCUGGCUGUCCAUGAGGCAUCCCAGCAACCUUCCUGGCUGUCUCCUUACAAGAUGCCAAGCCACAGCCAGAGGACAGAAAUCCCGGGAGCCGUGCAAGGGGGCAGAACCCCCAGAGCUGCUGCCCGGCAGCUCCCUAUUCUGUGGCACCGACUACCGCUGCCACGUCUCACCUGAGCCCCAAGGUGGCCGUGAACUCGAGGCUGGCAGGAGCCCUCAAAAACCACUGAGGACUCCUCCUGGAACCAUUCAGCAGCAGCUCCGGGAGUCUGCUCCCUAGGCAGACUCCUCACAAGUCCGACAGCAGAGCCCUGCAAAAGCUUUUAUGUGCACAUUGCACAUUCCGACUACAGGACUCCCUGGAUCUGAGGCUCCAUCCCUCAAGAGCUGUACCCCAGAUGGGAGACCAGCCAGUGUUUUGCCUUUUCAAGUUUUUAUUUUUAUACAUUUUUUUUGUAUUAAAAAGAAAAGCAUAAUUACCACAAAUUACAAAGGACUAAAGCAGGACUAGAAUAAUGAAUGAAUCACUUCAGCCUGGAAAGCAGAUGCUCUCAAUAAUAUUAAUGUUAUAAUACAAGCUCAUUCAAGUAUUUUACAUUUUUUUUUUUUGUCCUUUUAAAUGUGAUAUCCUAGCACAUGGUAAAGAUAAUGUACUAUGAGCGUAAGGUGGAACCUUCUCCGCAAAGCCAGAUGACAAGUUUUCCUCGCCAGUGAGAAACGGGCUAGAAGUUCUGAUCUUCUCUGCCUCUGCCAUCGACAUGGCUGAAGGAGAGGGCAGGGGCGGGGGCAAAUCCAGGGGCCCUUCCACACAGGACAUACUUUAGGUCCCACUCACAAGGGCACCAGAUCAUCCACACCGCUGUACUCAGGCUUUUUGGCAAAAACAAAAACAAAACCCACGCCCACUGGCCCUUGCCCCUUGUCUAGUCAUCUUCCUUGCCCCUGCUCCCCACUUCCAGGGCCUGCUGAGCAGCUUACUUUCUUUUGUAAAAUCAAUCAUCAGGGAAGGGGGAAAAAUGAGCUACAAUGGAACAAAACAAAAACGUAACAACUUUGACAUGGGGGCUCAGCACCUAGGCCUGAGCCCCAGGGGUCCAGGCUGGGGCAGGGCCAGGCAGCCACCCUACUGGGAGUGAGUCUGCCGCCAGGUUCAAAAGAGGGCAAGAGAACCCUGCCCCUUAGCAGGGCUGAGGCACUCAGACCUUGUGAUGUUUGAUGCCCAGAGGUCAUACUGGCAUGGACCACUCGUGGAGGGGUACAGGAUGAGUGGAAGGGUUUGGGCAGGCUGCUUUGUGUCUCAGGUCUUGGGACCCCCACGGGAGGGUGGUGGGUGUGAAGCGGCAAGCCCCUGAUGGCUCCGGCCGCUCCUGGCAUGCCUGUCACAGAUACGUCGGUCCUAAAUUCAAGUGUCUUCAGAAAGUGAAGAUGUAAACUACUCUUUGCAACAUUAACUCCUAACAUGUUACAAAAAAGAAAGAGAAAAAACCCCUCCCCCCAUCCUCAGCCUGUGAUGAGAUGAAGUCCUCACCUCCCCACCCCAAAGGGGCUUCCUCUCUCUGGGGUGUCUGUGGGAGAAUCAGGGAGGGGAUGGCAGCCCCCUGGCCUGGGAGUAAACUCUAGGUAAGAAAAGCCUUUCCGCACACCCCCAAGGCUUCCUUGCGCUCCCAAACCCAGCAGAGGACAAACACUGAGGUUCUAUGGUGCUGGAUACAGUACAGGGCUGAGCAACCCAAAGAAAGGGGGUAAAAAGGGAAGAAGGGAUGCAGGAGUCCAGCAUCUGAUACAACGCAGGGCAGGCACCAAACAGCAGGGGAAGGCCUCAGAUCCCACUUACAGAGCAAAGACCAGACACUCAUCCUUGACUUUCGAGACAAACCAGGUCACAGGAACUGAGGUGGGCUUCCCACAUACUAACCACUGGGAGCGCAGAGAUGGGGAAGGGUAUAGGCCGAAAGCGGUGAGGUGCCCGUAACAGAGGGCAAGCCCUUGCCAGUCUGGGAUACUGUCUCCUGCUCCUGAUCUUUGGGCCCAACAGAAGAAACAGUUAAAAAGAGGGCCAAGGAAGUGUCAGCAAUGGAGCAACACUACCAUCAACUUCUCUGUGCUGCUCGGUCCCCACUACGGGGGGGACAUGUCGUCACGCCCGCACCCGACACACAGCUCAAUCUGUGUGGGUCAGUCCUUCGUCACCCUCCCUAGUUUUGGGUGCCAGCGGACUCCAACCAUGCCAUUGUCGCUCAGCCCGACCCCAGCAGUCAGUGGCUGGAGAAGAGAAGUCAGGUAUACUCUAUGUCCACAUAUACCUUCCUGCCGCGGGGCUUCUCCAACUGGCAGGAUUCCCCCCAGCCCUCAAAUCCUCCUCAUCCCUCAUUCCCAGGCAGGGUCAAUUGGAGGGUGGGCAGAGAUGGCUUGCAGAGGGGGGAUGCAAGAUGGGGAGACCCCACCAGACCCAAGGGAGGAGAAUGGCAUCCUUCUCCGCCUGUUAGGAGACAAAGCCUCCUUGAGGUCUCAGAGCUUUCCGGGCAACACGUUCCCCAGCCUCGUCUGCCAGGCGUUCACCUUUCCCCUUGGAGGUGAGGGGAGGCGGUCAAGCUGAGGCCAAGUGUGUCCCAGAUCCAGGCCAAUGCUCUUCUUCAACAGUUUGAAGCCAACCUGGCCUUGGGGUUCCCAGGGUAGGAUGAAGGGUGUCACGGCAGGACGGGGCCUGUCAUGAAGCAACAGCAAGCAGAGCAAGGGCACAACAGCGGCAGCAGUGUACGGACACAGGACGCCAGCUUCAAACGAUGCAACAGCAGGGGUAUUUCAGGGACGGCUCUACGUGAGCCGCCCCCAACUCUCUUGCCUACAGGCAGGAGGCACUGUACAUGCAACUCAGUCCAGAGGAAGAUCCUAGCCAAUCCAGCCCAGGCACAUCCAGAGAAGGUGUGAGCUCUUCGAGUUGACUCCACCGAGGAAAACAGGCAUUUGGGUAUUUCAGAUUCCCGCUCCACAAUAAGGCAACUUUUAAAAAAAUAUUAUUUCCAAGAACAAAACAAAACAAAAAACAAAAUCCAAGGGUAGGGGAAAGACAUCACUUUCUGUGGAUUAGGUGGGGGUUUUCUGAUUUAUUUUUUUGGUCUUUUGUGGUCGAUUUUGUCUUUUUUUUUUUUUUUUUUUUUUUUCCAUUUUUCCAAGGAUGGAAAGGUCAGAGAAAAAUAAAAUAAA